AUGACUAAACAGGACAAGUCAACAGAAGGAAAUGAUGGCAGUGAUUGCAAUGAGGAAGGCAGUGCAGCUGAGAAUGAAGAAACUGCCAAAGGAACAGAUAAAGAGAGGAAGAGAGCGACUCCACAAACCCGAAGGGCACAUGCCAGAGGGAGAGGCAGACAUGAUGAUGGGGAUGACAGGGAUGAUUGGGGUGAUGAGGAGGAUGAGGAUGAUGAAGGUGGGACAAGGAGAGGUGGGCAUCGCAGGCACAGAAGCCGUAGACGAGGGCGAGCAGCUGGAAAUGACGCCAGUGAUUCUGAUAUGGAACCUGCAAAAGCCAGGAAGAAUCAGGCAAAUCAGAAAUCCAAGGAAGAUGAUGAAGAAAAGGAAGAUGAGAAAGGGGGUAAAAGCGGGAAAGGUAAAAAUGAGAAGAAAGGGGACAAAAAGUCUGAUAAAAAAGGGAAAAAAGAGAAGGCCAAGAAGAAAAAAGACAAAAAGAAAUCAGGAUCAGGCUCUGAUUCUGAAUCUGAGGAGGAGCCAAUUACAGAGGAGGAGUUGGCCAAGCUGAAAGAAGAAGUAGAAGAAAAAAAGAAACUGAUUGCCACGCUACGAAACAAACCAUGGAAGAUGAAAAAGAAGUUGUCUGUCCUGAAGGAAGCACAGCUUUUUGUUGAAAAGUUUGAAGGUGCUCUUGGAAAAGGAAAAGGAAAAAAAUUCUAUGCAUACAAAGUGAUGAUGACUAAGAAAUGGAUGAAAUUUCAAAGAGAUUUUGAAAAUUUUAAGACAGCCUGCAUACCCUGGGAAAUGAAAAUUAAGGAGAUUGAAAGUCACUUUGGCUCAUCAGUAGCAUCUUAUUUCAUAUUCUUGCGUUGGAUGUAUGGAAUAAACAUGAUUCUCUUUGGACUGACCUUUGGUCUUGUAAUGGUGCCUGAGGCUUUGAUGGGUAAGCCAUAUGGCUCUUUGCCUAGAAAAACUGUCCCAAGAGCUGAAGAAGCAACUGCUAUGAAUUUUGCUACUCUCUGGGAUUUUAGUGGCUUUGCACAGUAUUCUGUACUUUUUUAUGGUUAUUACAACAACCAGAGGACAAUUGGGUGGCUCAAGUUCAGGAUGCCUCUUUCAUAUUUCCUUGUUGGAGUUGGGUCUAUUGGCUAUAGCUUUAUGAUUGUCAUUCGAACAAUGGCAAAGAAUGCAAAUGAUGAUGGUGGCGGGGAUGACACCAGUUUUAAUUUCAGCUGGAAAAUGUUCACAAGCUGGGACUACCUGAUUGGCAAUCCUGAGACAGCAGAUAAUAAGUUUGCCUCCAUCACAACAAGCUUUAAGGAAGCAAUCGUGGAGGAGCAGGAGAGCCGAAAGGAAGAAAAUAUUCAUUUGACUCGAUUCCUAAGGGUUCUUGCUAACUUCUUAGCCCUAUGCACACUUGCUGGAAGUGGCUACCUCAUCUUUUUUGUUGUCAGAAGAUCCCAGAAAUUUGCCUUGGAAGGUCUGGAGAACUACGGGUGGUGGGAAAGAAAUGAAGUGAACACAGUUAUGUCACUUUUAGGAAUGUUCUGUCCAACUUUAUUUGAUGUAAUCAGUUCUCUGGAAAACUACCACCCUCGAAUAGCUCUAAGAUGGCAGCUGGGAAGAAUCUUUGCUCUUUUUCUUGGCAAUCUCUACACUUUCAUUAUUGCCCUAAUGGAUGAAAUCAACCUCAAGUUGGAAGAAGAAAAGAUAGUAAAGUAUAACAUGACAAUAUGGGAAGCCAGUCUGUACAAUGGUACGAUUCCAGAGAAUUCAACUGCUCCUCCAAUACAGGUGGAUCCUGCUGAUGUCCCCAGAGGGCCAUGCUGGGAAACAAUGGUAGGACAGGAAUUUGUGCGCCUGACAGUCUCUGACAUGAUGACAACAUACAUAACAAUUCUAAUUGGCGAUUUUUUGAGAGCUGUCUUUGUUAGGUUUUUCAAUUACUGCUGGUGCUGGGACUUGGAGUAUGGAUUUCCAUCAUAUUCUGAGUUUGAUAUAAGUGGAAAUGUGCUGGGACUGAUCUUUAACCAAGGCAUGAUCUGGAUGGGAUCAUUUUAUGCUCCAUGUCUCCCAGCAAUCAACGUGUUUCGUCUCCACACGUCGAUGUACCUGCAAUGCUGGGCAGUGAUGUGCUGCAAUGUCCCCCAAGAACGGGUCUUCAAGGCUUCCAGAUCCAAUAACUUCUACAUGGCCAUGCUGCUUUUCAUCCUCUUUCUCUCCACACUGCCUGCUGUGUACACCAUUGUUUCCAUCCCACCAUCUUUUGACUGUGGUCCUUUCAGUGGGAAGACUAGAAUGUUUGAAGUCAUAUCGGAAACUCUGGAGCACGACUUUCCUUCCUGGUUUGGGAAGGUAUUUGGUUAUGCCUCUAACCCUGGACUUAUCCUACCCUUUAUAUUGCUGAUGGUCCUGAGCAUUUAUUAUCUCAACGCGACAUCCAAAUCCUACAAGGAAGCAAACUUGGAACUUAAAAAGAAGUUACAAAGUCAAGCAGAAGAAAAUAAAAGAAGAAAUAAACAAAAGGCACAAAAAUCAAAUGAACAAGAGGAAAACCCAUUUGAGACAGAACCACCGCCAGCAAAGCCUAAAGGAGACAAGCAAGAUGAAUCCACUCCAAACAAAGAUAACAAGAAAGGACAGGAUGGCAAUGGAUCAAAGAAAGAGCAGCCACAAGAAGCCAGCUCCUCUCAGACGCUCCAGCAUCCUGGCCCUGUCCUGAAUGGCCACUAUCCUCCACAGAGCCGAGGAGGAAACUUUCCUCCACCAUCCAUAGCUGUCACAAGGCCACCAGGGCCCAGGAGGCCUGGGAUACCAGGCUAUCCACCUGGAAAUCCAUGCCUCCCAGGGAUGCAUCCAGGAAUGCCCAGGGGCCCUCCCAUGUACAGAUAA